UAAGGAAGUCUCUGUUUCACUGCAAGGUCCAGCGGCCGACCUUGGCGUAUGGGUGUGGACUGGAUGCUACUGGUAUAUAAAGGUGUGGUCAGCCGAAUGUGAGGCACUUUACGGCAGCAAAGUCCACCACAAAACACACCAUGAAGCUCCUGGUGGUCCUCUCCGCUGUGGCCGCGUGCGCGCUGGCGAAGCCCGGUUUCGUGUCGCCGGUGGCGUACAACGCGCUGGGCUACAGCCCGGUGGCCGGAGUGCUGGGCUACGGCGCGCUGCCGUACGCUGCCGCCUACCACGGCGUUGUAGCCGCCGCCCCCGUCGCCGCCCCCGCCGUCAGCGUGGUAGCGCCCGUGGGCCUGCGCACGCAGUACCACGCGCAGGACGAACUGGGACAGGCCAGCUACGGCCACACGGAGCCCCUGCAGGCGCACGUCGCCGUGCAGGACGCGGCCGGCAACAAGAUCGGUAGCUACAGCUACGUGGCGCCCACCGGCGAGGUGGUGCGCGCCGACUACGUGGCCGACGCGCUCGGCUACCGCGUGGCCAGCAACGCGCUGCCCGUGGCGCCCGCGCCCGUCCACACCGCCGUCGCCGACACCGCCGAGGUGGUGGCCGCGCGCGCCGCCCACCUGGCCGAGGUCGAGGCCGUCAAGUCGCGCUCCAAGCGCGGCAUCGCCCCCGUCGUCGCCCACGCCGUGGCCCCCGCCGUGGCCUACAGCGCGCCCGCCGUCGUCGCCGCCCCGGCAGUGACCUACGCCGCCCACGUCGCCGCCCCCGCGGUCGCCUACGCUGCCCCCGUCGCUGCCCCCGCCGUCGUCGCCCCCGCCCCCGCCGUGAGGACGGCGACCCUCACCACGGUGGUGAACAACCCCGGACACGCCGUCUCCUACAGGGUCGACUGAACCCGCUCCCCCACCCAGCCCGUCACUGACUUCUCGAUACCGGCUCUGCGUUGACUUACCUUCGACUUCAUUUGUGUGUAUGUGUGUGUUUUGGGUUUAAUAAAUAAUUAUACACUACA